AUGCUGACAGCUGGUCACGCGUCAACAGAUACAAAAAACGAAGGCGAAUUGGACGUAAAAGCACCCGCCAAUCAAACGUUUUGGCGGGAAAAAAGUGACGCUCGCGCUUCGGGUCACGUCGCAGUGGAAUACCGCGCCGUAAUUCGAAACGUUAUCAGCGCCGGCGCAUCGCCGCGCGCCCAGCUAUCGGCCAAUCGCGGUCGGGGGCGGGAACCGCGUCGGUCGCGCUUUCAAAAAAAGAACGGCGACUCGCCCGUUUCCCGCGCUUUUCACGUUCUCUAUCAUGCCUCAAUGGGCACUUUACUGCCUUAU